AUGUCGUCGUCGACAAGGAUAUGCAUGAAUGGAAUGUGUGGGAGAACGACGUCAGAUCAAUGGAAAAGAGGUUGGCCCAUGAAAGUCGGUGGCUUUGCUACUCUUUGCUCCAUUUGUGGAACUGAAUAUGAAAAAGUGCAUUACUGUGAAAGAUUCCAUCUGAAUGAAUCGGGUUGGAGAGAAUGUCAAUUUUGUGAGAAGCCUGUUCAUUGUGGAUGCAUUGUUUCUAAAUAUCUUUUUGAAUGCCUUGAUUCUGGUGGGAUAUCAUGUAUGAAGUGCAUAAGAGCUAAGAGAACCCAAUCAUUUUCACAGCCACAGGUUAGCAAGAUUCCUAGUGGCAUCACUUGGUUUUCUGACAAUGGGCUUUCCUCUGUUUGUGCCAACCAUAUGAAUAAUGCCACACCAUCUAAGCAAUAUCAACAUGCAUCUUCAACUUCUUCUGGAGUUGGGAACCUUUGCCCUUCUAAUAAAGAUAAUGUCUCAACCUUAGAAAAUCUGUUACCUCUACCUACAAUCUUUCCAGGCCGAUUACCUUUACCCACUUUACCCGACAAUAAAAAAACAAAUUUAGGAUCCAACUCAGUUGAUCAACAAUUUAUGGGCUUUUCUGCACUCGCUACUUCUAAUGGGGUUGUAGAGGUAAGAGUUCAAGAAAAAGUACCUUCAAAUAAAGAAGAGCAACAACCACCACAGAUAGUUCCAAAGUCGCUGAAUUCUGGAGUUAGCAUAAAGUCACAAGUAAACAAAGGAACGGGGUCAGGUAACAGAGCUUCCAAACCACAUGGUGAAGGUCGAGGCAAUAAUCAGUUACUUCCAAAAUACGUGCCGAAGAUCACUGAACAAGAAAUGUUGCAAAUAUAUGGAGGUUUAAGCUCAAGUUGUACCAUCACUCCACUAUUUGAGAAGGUUCUGUCUGCAAGUGAUGCUGGCCGAGUUGGUCGCUUAGUCCUGCCAAAAGCAUGUGCUGAAGCGUAUUUUCCGGCUAUUGAUCACUCAGAAGGUGUACCGGUGAAGAUCACUGAUACAAAUGGGAAAGAAUGGACAUUUCAAUUCAGAUAUUGGCUCAAUAAUAACAGCCGAAUGUAUGUUCUAGAGGGUAUAAGCCCUUUUAUACGAAGUUUAAAAUUGCAAGCUGGAGACACAGUGAUAUUUAGUCGAUUAGAUCCAGAAAACAGACUUGUUAUGGUUUGUCAAAAGGCUCCAAUUUCUGAGGAUGCAACUGCUCUUCCUACUACUGUUAAUGGUGAUCUUAUAUGCACAGGAAAUGGAAACUCUUCAUCAAAUGUGGAGCAUGACAACACAAAUAACUUUGUAUCAGUACAGAAAUCGGUAAUUCAAGAAGAAAAGAAGACCCGUAAUAUAGGGUCUAAAAGCAAAAGGCUACACAUGCAUUGUGAAGAUGCCUUGGAGAUCAAAUUUACAUGGGAAGAAGCACAAGAUUUCUUCAAGCCACCUCCUUCUAAGCCAACUGUUGUUGUGAUUGAAAAUUGUGAACUGGAAGAAUAUGAUGAACCACCUGUCUUUGGCAAGAAGACCGUAUUCAUGCCGAAUGCAUCAGGGUUACAAGAUCAAUGGCUUCAGUGUGAUAGUUGCUCCAAAUGGCGGAAGUUGCCUUCUGAUGUCCUCAUUCCUUCCAAGUGGACUUGCUCUGAUAAUGUUUCAGAUCCAGACAGGUGUUCUUGUACGGCUGCUGAGGAGAUUGGAGUUGGGCUUUUGGAUUCCCAACAGAGUCUUGACAAGGAAUCUAAGAAGCAGAAAAUAACAGAAAGUUCGGCAAGCGAAGUACAGAAACUAGAGCCUAACGUGGCUGUAUUAGGAAAGAAUGCUUGUGAGCCCACCACGAGGCACCCCCGCCACCGGCUUGGUUGCACUUGCAUCGUCUGUAUGCAACCCCCAAGUGGAAAAGGAAAGCACAAACCGAAUUGCAUAUGUAUUGUCUGCUCAACAGUUAGGCGUCGUUUCAAUACCCUAAUGCUACGCAAGAAACAACAAAAAUCUGAAAAGGAGAGUGAAGCUGUCAAGAAAUCACUGGUUCAGGCUACCAACAAGACCCAAGUGGAUGAUGGGCUUGAAACUGGAACUGGGUCCGAAAUGAUAACUGAGCGCACUAAUAAAGGUCAAGAUUUGGAUUUGAAUUGUGACCCAAAGGAUGAAGAGAUGAUACUCUCUGAAGCUACUAAUUCUUUCUAGUAUAUCCCACCAGAGAGGCAAAACAUGCUUGCUGGGAUUGUAAAGAGACAUUGAAGACUAGCAUAUGCAGACAAACAAGGUCGUUGAAGGUAGUUGAUUUCAGUAUAUAAUCAUUAGUUAAUUUCCCAAACCUUU